UAAGAAUAAAACCAAAGAGAUAAAUGUGAGUAAGGCAAGGCCGCGUGGUCCCUCGUGAAUAUCUUUCAUAAUCUCUCUCUCUCUCUCUAACACACAUCAAUACCAUCUUCUUCUUCUUCUUUGCUGAUUCUUCAUUCCAAUUAAGAAUAUUUGCAAUCAAUCAUCGCUUUCAUCUUCUCUCUUUUCACAACAAUCCAAUCAUUUCCCUUCCUUUUCCAUCUGUAUUCCAUUGUCGUCAGUAUUGUAUAUGCCAAUACUACAAGUCUAAAUACAUAGAUAGAUGGCGUCUUUGCAACCAAACGUCGAUUCCAGUAAUUCAGAUACAUUGCAAGAAUCCAAUCGCAUGAAGCGCCGGAAAAUCAUAGAUCACAAUUCUCUCAGUCUCAUUCCAUGGAGAUCAGAAGCCGAACAGAGGAUCUACUCCUCCAAGCUCGUCGACACUCUCCGCCGGAGCCAUCCGCCGCCGUCCAAGUCGAUUGCCGUCCGCGAAGUUCGCGAAGCUGCCGACCGAGUUCUGGCCGCGACGGCCAAGGGCCGAACUCGGUGGAGCCGUGCGAUUCUGGCGAGUCCGCUCCAGUUGCAGAGGCAGCACAAGAAGGUGAAGAAGGCCGCUAACGGAUUCAUGAAGAAGAGGACUCCGGAUAUUUGGAGAAGGUUACCGGCGGUGCAGAAGAAAGCGCGCGUUCUCAGCAGGUUAGUCCCCGGUUGCCGGAAGGCGUCGUUGCCGAAUCUUCUGGAAGAAGUCACUGACUAUAUAUCGGCCUUGGAGAUGCAAGUGCGUGCGAUGACGGCUCUCACCGAGCUUCUCGACGGUGGUGCGCCGCCGCCUACUCAGCUUGGCUCCGCUUGACUCCACCGUGAAAACUUCGAGUUGACCCGCGUUGUUUUUUAGCCUUAUCCCUCAUGGUAUAAUAUCGCGUCAGGUGUUUCUUUUUUUAUUCUCCUUUUUUUUUUCCUUCUUUAAUAUUUGUUUUUAUUAGUUUUCAGGUUUGAAUUCCACAUU